AUGAGCAUUUACAUUAAGAUUCUGGAAGAACUGCUGCGCUAUACCAAGGAGCAAUCGGUGCUGAAUCCGAAGGAGUGGAUGGCGCUGGCUGAUUGGUUAUUGAAGGACUACGAAUCGAAGCUUGUGCAUGCGGUAAACUUUGAAGGAUACGACGGCGAAGACGACGACAUCAAAUAUCAAUGGACGUACUUUGGCGCCCUGCUCUAUUCCGUUACCGUAUUUACUACGAUAGGAUACGGUCACAUAUGUCCGAAAACAAAACUCGGCCGAGCGGUGACCAUCGUGUACGCGAUGAUUGGCAUUCCACUGAUGCUGCUGUGUCUGGCCAACAUCGCGGACUCCUUGGCACAGCUGUUCACUUUCCUGUACUCGCGAGUUUGCUGCGCGUACUGCCGCUGGCAGAAGAACCGUAAGCGUUUCAAGAGGGCCGCCCUCGCUUAUCGCACUCACGCGCCCUCGGUUCGAGUGGUGCGUAGAAGUAAGAGGCAGCGCAGCUUCUUCUGCUUCUUACUAUACUCCUAA